AUGUAUCGACAAGUGUGUCUUCUGUUGAUAAUUUUCAUCAGUAGUGUCCACAUUCAAUGUCAGGCACAACGUUCGUUUGGUAUUGAUUUCGAUCGAAAUACAUUUGUGAAAGAUGGCAAACCAUUUCGAUAUGUUAGCGGAUCAAUUCAUAUGUACAGAAUGCCAAGAGAAUAUUGGGCUGAUCGACUUCAACGUAUGUGGGCGGCUGGAUUGAACGCGAUACAAACAUACGUCUUUUGGGAUCAACAUGAAUCAGUGAAAGGCAUUUAUAACUUUGACGAUAACAAUGAUCUCGUUGCAUUUAUUCAAUUAGCUCAAAAGAUUGGUUUUCUUGUUAUUCUACGUGUUGGACCAUAUGGUUGUGGCGAACAUGAAUUUGGUGGAUUGCCUUGGUGGCUCUUACGCGAUCUUACUGAUGUACAGUUUCGACAAAUGAAUUCCAUCUAUCUUAAUGCUGUGAACCAAUGGAUGAGCGUUCUUCUUCCAAAAAUUCGACCAUUAUUGUACAACAAUGGUGGAUCGGUUAUUUCUGUUCAGAUUGAAAAUGAAUAUGGCAGUUAUCCAGCAUGUGAUCAUGCUUACAUGGGCUAUUUACGCGAUAUUUUCCGUCAAUAUUUAGGUGAAAACGUUGUUUUAUUUACCGUUGAUGGUGAUGGUUUAGGUUAUCUCAAAUGUGGCACGGUUCAAGGAGCAUAUGCAACCAUUGAUUUCGGCCCGGGAGCGAAUAUCAAUGCAUCAUUUAGUACUCAGCGGCAGUAUGCUCCCAACGGUCCAUUGAUUAAUACGGAAUUUUAUCCUGGUUGGCUCGAUCUUUGGGGAUACAAACACUCCACAGUCGAUACAGCUGAUAUCGUCCGAACAUUGGAUCAAAUGUUGUCUAUCGGAGUUAAUGUAAACUUUUACAUGUUUUAUGGUGGAACAAAUUUCGGAUUUACUUCAGGUGCUGAUCCAGAUUAUAAACCACAACCAACAUCUUACGAUUAUGAUGCGCCCAUCUCAGAACCAGGUGACAUCACUUCAAAAUAUAUGGCUAUUCGAACUUUAAUUGGUAAAUAUCUCCCAUUACCAUCGGUACCAAUACCGGCAAAUAAUACAAAGAAAGCUUACGGAAGUGUUCAAUUAACAUUUAAACAGUCAUUGUUGAGCUACAUCAAGAGUCAUUCACCACACUGUGAAACAUCAACGUAUCCCAAGCGAUUUGAAGAACUUGGACAAAACCAAGCGUUUGUUGUCUACUCAACGGUAUUGAGUAAUCCUGAGGUCCAAGGAAAGGUACUUGAUUUAAGUGGAGUACGUGAUCGUGCGUACGUAUUACUCGGCGAAAAAUCAAUUGGUACAGCUUACCGUGCGAAUAGUUCAUCAUUGAAAUUAACAAUUCAAGCACCCGGAAAUCGUGAAACAAAUUUAAAUAUCAUUGUCGAAAAUAUGGGUCGAUUAAAUUUCGGUGGUUUUCUUUUGGAUACUAAAGGCUUCGUUAGUAACAUUACUUUGAAUGGACAAAUACUUUCCAACUGGACCAUGUGUACAUCUGGUGCAUUAUUCGAUCAAGCUCCCACGGAUUUCAAUGCAAAUCAAGCCAACGACUUCGAUCCCAAUGCCCCAAGCAUUUUCAGUGGAAACUUCUCUGUCACAGAUAAGAUCCCAUCCGACACAUUUCUUUUACCAACAACUAUCACCAAUGGAUAUUGGCCGAAAGGUGUAGCUUAUAUCAAUCAAUACAAUCUUGGCCGAUAUUGGCCAGUAAUGGGUCCUCAAGUGACAUUGUACGUACCCGCGCCGUGGCUAAAACCAUCGGCAAGUAACUCUUUAACAAUGGUUGAACUUCAAUCCUCACCAUGCGGCACCCAAACAACAUGCUCAGUUGAAUUAGUUGACUAUCCUAUUCUGGAUAAACCAACAAUCUUCGAAGCACCGAUACUAUACAAACGUCAACAUCAACAAAAACGACGGACCAGACUUGCAUAUCCAACAUCAAACUCAAUUACUCUAAUGGCGAAUAACGUACCUAUCCAAUCAAAGCCUAAAAGUCAGUUACCGACGAGUAGCGGAUCAAUAGUAAAGACAACAUCACGAAAGACUCGUGGAGAGUUCUCUGAUUACAUUGCUGAAGACACUUUCAGAAGAGAAACUAUACGCAAAGAGGAGGAAGCACAACGAAUUUGGAAAGCUAAAUAUGAUCCAUGGUUAAUUGAUGCAUAUCAAGAAAUGUAUGAAACGAUCGGCGCAAAUCGUGGUAUUCCUCCAGACGAUCGCGUCAUCCCACUUAAACGUUCUGAAUGGCAACAACCGUCGACUGUUUUACCUCCAUUACAUAAACGUUUGGAUGGACAACGACGCAGGCGUAUAUUGGGCUCAUUUCCUGAGACAGAAAAUGAUAAAAUUGGCUGGCGUCUUCUACCUGAACAUGCGAUUGAUAUCUACGGUUCAAAAGCAGCAAACAUUCCACCAUUACCCAAACAGUACAGACUGUCUAGUUACCCUCCUGAAAGUUUUUAUUAA